CGGAAGGCGGUGAGGCUGGCGGAAGCGGUGGGGGCCGGGCUGGCAUCGCCAUGAGCCGGCUGCGGGAGGAGGAAGACCCGUACGUGGUGGAGGAGCCCAGCGACGAGGAGCGAGCGCUCAGCAGCUCGGAAGAUGAGGUGGAUGUGCUUUUACACGGCACUCCUGACCAGAAGCGGAAGCUGAUCCGGGAGUGCCUGACUGGGGAGAGCGAGUCUUCCAGUGAAGAUGAGUUCCAAAAGGAGAUGGAAGCAGAGCUGAACACCACCAUGAGGACCAUGGAAGGCAAAUGGACAUCACCAGAAACAGGUAGUUCCUCGAGUACUGGGCAGAUUGGACCUGCCACCACGUCAAAAUACUAUGAUGAUAUUUACUUUGAUUCCGACUCAGAAGAUGAAGAUAAAAUAGCUGCACCGGAUGUCCGGAAAACCAGAAAACAUCAGCAACGUCGAAUUCUUUCCAAUGAUGAACUGCUGUAUGACCCCGAGCAAGAUAAUAGAGACCAAGAGUGGGUAGACUCACAAAGGAGGGGGUACCGUAAUCAAAGAACAGUGCCACUGCAGCAGCAGACAAAACCUUCAGCUGUUCCAAAUAGUGAUGCUGUUUUGAAUUGCCCUGCCUGCAUGACAACACUAUGCCUGGACUGUCAGAGGCAUGAAUCUUACAAAACACAAUAUAGAGCAAUGUUCGUGAUGAACUGCGUUGUUAACAAAGAGGAGAUUUUGAAAUACAGAAAAAAGGUAAAGAGAAGAAAUAAGAAAAUGAAGCACAGCAAAGAAAGUACCUCUAUGCAAUCAAAUGAAGAAGAAGAACUGUAUCAUCCUGUAAUGUGUACUGAAUGCUCAACUGAAGUGGCAGUGAUGGAUAAAGAUGAAGUUUUUCACUUCUUUAAUGUUCUAGCCAGCCACUGCUAAUAUACAAAAAUGAGGCAAAAAAUCCUGCACUAUUUUAAGACGGUGUGAAGUAUCCUGAAUAAAUGCAGGCAUCUUUGCCUUUUUAAAAUGUGGUUGUUUAGAAAACUGUAUAGUGGUUGGAUUUUUGCAGUUUAUGAAGAGAAUGCAAUUAACUGUGCAUUUGAGAGCAAUAUUCUUUCACACCAUCAGGUGGUUGCAACACUGAAGAUUUACAAUUUUGUAAAUAUAAUGUACAGUCUGUGUAUUAUGGUCAUUCCCUGUAUAUAUACUACCCAUUAUCUCAAUAUGUAUUAGAACUGCUGCUUAGAAUAAAUACUGUAUAGUAACUGGUU